CUAAAUUCAUUCAAAGUAACUUCAUCUCCCACGUAGUAUCAAUUCUCUUUUCAGGAGUGCCCCUUCACAGUACUCACCCCUCUCCUCUCUGCACUGUCAUUUUCUCUUUGCCCAUUUUCAUCUCCUGUCUUUACUCAUUCAUGGAACUCUCCAGAGUUUGCUGCUAAAUCAUUAUCACCGUUUAGGAGAGAUUAUGAUGAUGUGCAAACUCUGCAUUGAUACAACUCUUGAAACCAACCACCAACUGUGAAAACCCAAAAAAGGAUUUCUGGUUAAACCCAUUGAAAGAAAAUCUAUGCCCAACAUGUUUCCACAUUGAACCAGAGGCCCCUCACUUUGGUUGAGAUUGUUGGAUUUGGAGAAGUUUUUUGAAUUGUGUGGGGCAGUCAAGCUAUAGAAUCAUGGGCCGGGGAAAGAUUGAGGUAAAGAAGAUUGAAAACAUCACAAACCGUCAGGUGACCUUCUGUAAGCGCAGGAAUGGUUUGAAGAAGAAAGCUGAAGAACUUGCCAUUCUUUGCGAUGCAGAAGUUGCUCUUGUCAUUUUCUCCACCCGAGGAAAGCUUUUUGAGUAUUCCAGUCACGGCAUGAGGAGAACUAUUGAAAAGUUCAAGAGCUUAAACAUUCAUAACAACAAUAAUGGGUUCAUAAGUCCAGAGGCCAAUACACAGCAAUUGAAACAGCAGGCAAUAAAGCUGAGACAAGAUAUUGAUAUUCUGAGUGAAAAACGCAACCAUAUGCUGGGGCAAGGAAUAUCAUCUCUGAAGCAUAAGGAUCUCAAACAGCUUGAGCAAAAGCUUGAUAAGGGCUACGCCAGAGUGCGAAAGAGAAAGGAAGAGGCGUUAUUUGAGGAAAUUGAGAAAAUUCGAAAAAAGGAAGCCUACAUACAGCAGAUAAAUGAGCAUUAUAGUGCAAUGAUAAUGGAAAGCCAGUGCAACCAGAACAUAAAGAUAAUGGAAAGCCAUUGCAACCAGAACAUAAAGAUAAUGGAAAGCCAUUGUAACCAGAACAUAAACAUGGCAUUAUCCCAUCCUGAAUAUGAUGGAUUGCAAACUUUUGACAACCCAAAUUUCAUCCAUCCUAAUCUCAUAAAUGUUGCUCACCACUUUUCAAAUCACCAGCAAACAGCACUUCAACUGCGCUGAAGUUUGAAGCGAAGGACAUAUCAAGUUUCUUAAUGGAAAUGUUCUUUUAGUGUGAAUAUGAAAUGCCAAUAUAAGUUGUUUCUCUGAACAUGGGAUUCUGGUCUGCCUUUUCAGCUUUGAUAUUCUCACUUGGAGAAGACAUAUUUAUUUACUUCAUUUCUCAUCACAUCUUAUAACUGUAAGAUCAUCAUGCAAACUUGGGCCUAUAAUUUCACUGUUAGAAUAUUUCAUGUUUAUUAUUAAGUUACAUUAGGGAGUUGGACAUGUAAUUGGAUUAUUGUUUUCAGUUAUUAGUAUUUUGUAAUGUGAAAUUUGUAUAUAUAUGUUAUUUUCUAUUUAAUUUUAUUGUUUUAAGAAAA